AUGGAAAAAGCCGGGGAAGUGCUGCAGGAGGGCCAGGCGAAGCUACUCCUCGACAAGAAGAACAUAUUCUACAACCCGGUGCAAGAGUUCAACCGCGACCUCAGCAUAGCGGUACUGAGCCAGUACUCGAAGGAGAGGAGCGCCGAGUCCGGCCUGAGGAUCUUGGAGGCACUGUCGGCCACUGGACUCCGGAGCAUAAGGUACGCCAAGGAGGUGCCGGGUGUCGCCGAGGUCCUGGCGAACGACAUCGCCGCCGAAGCUGUGGAGUCGAUCAGGAGGAACGCCGCUUACAACGAGGUCGGGAGUAUCGUGAAGCCGAGCCACGAAGACGCCACCAUGGUCAUGUACCAGAAUCGAAAGACAAAGUUCGACGCUGUUGAUUUGGACCCCUACGGGUGUCCCUCAAUAUUCUUGGACGGUGCUGUGCAGUGCUUGAACGAUAAUGGACUGUUGUUGGUGACGGCCACCGACAUGGCCAUUCUGGCCGGCAAUUUUCCACAGACGUGUUACACAAAGUACGGCUCCGUGUCCUUGAAGUCCAAGGCCUGCCACGAAAUCGCUCUGAGGAUACUUUUGCAGUGCAUAGCCGGCCACGCCGCGCGCUACGGCAAGUGCAUUGUCCCUUUGUUGUCUGUGAGCGCUGAUUUUUACAUCAGGGUGUUUGUGAAAGUUUACACGAGUAAAAGUGCUUGCAAAUUAAACACCAGCAACUUGGCUAUGGUGUACCAGUGCGUAGGCUGCGAGAGUAUGACAUUACAGCCUCUGGGAAUCACCACGGAUAAGAACCAGCAGAAGCUGCCACAGGUGCCCGCUGUCGACAAGCUGUGCGAGUUUUGUCAACACAAGCAUCACUUGGGUGGGCCAAUAUGGAUUGGACCUCUGCACGACAAGGACUUUGUUCACAGGAUAUUAGCUGAGAUUGACAGCGAGGAUGACAACGGUACAAAAAAGCUUGGCACAAUCAUAAGGAUCAGAGGAGUAUUGCACAUGGUGUACGAGGAACUCGAAGUACCAUUGUACUAUCAGCUGGACAGGCUGACCUCUACUAUAAGAGUCGUUGUUCCUCCCAUGGUACAGUUCAGAUCGGCCCUUUUGAACGCUGGCUACAAAGUGUCGUACUCGCACGCGAACAAGACUUCGAUAAAGACCGAUGCUCCGAAUCACGUGCUCUGGGAUAUAAUCAGGGCAUGGGAGAAGGAGCACCCGGUUAAGCGUGAAAAGCUGCCCGAUAAGAGUCCUGGACUCGCGAUAUUGAACGGCAUCUCGGUAACGAAAGUGUCUUUUGAGAAACACGAUGAUGCCGUACCUUUUUCCCAACAGAAGAAACUCAGACGGUUCCAGGUCAAUCCAGUUGCCUUUUGGGGUCCAGGAUCCAAAUCAACGGUCAUGAUGACUCAGGAGGCGCACGACAAGUACUUGAGCAAAAAGAAGAGGAACCAAAACAAAAAGAGGAAAAAAGAAGAGCAGCACAGCGCCGAUGACCCAUCGAACGAAGAGAAGAGGGGAAAGAUCACGGAAGAGGACGCUUGUGCAUAAUUGUAUUAAUUCGAUGUAAUAUUCUGUAAAUAUAUUUCUCAUUAAGUUUUUCAUAUUUUAAUACUCGC